AUGACGUCCAGCAAUCCGAAUCCGCAUCAGGGCAGCCCGCCGUCGCUGCCCGCCAUGCCCAACACCCCUGCGUCGCCGCCGAACAAACGCGACCUCAAGUCGUGGUGGAAGAACUUCAAGCUGCCGACCAAGCACCAGGAAACGUCUCAGCAGGGCAUAUUUGGUGUUCCUCUCCGACAGAGCAUAACAUACGCAAAUGUUGCCAUCUCUCUUGUUGAUGAGAAUGGAAAGAGCUACAUUUACGGCUAUGUUCCUAUUGUAGUCGCUAAAUGCGGUGUCUUCUUGAAGGAAAAGGCUACUGGUAUUGAAGGCAUCUUCCGAUUGAGUGGUUCCGAGAAACGAAUCAAAGAGCUCAAGACGAUUUUCGAUUCGCCUGAUCGAUAUGGCAAGGGGCUCGUUUGGGAAGGCUAUACCGUUCACGAUGCUGCCAACGUGCUCCGGAGAUAUCUCAACGAUUUACCCGAACCCGUAGUACCCCUAGACCUAUACGAAAAGUUCCGCGACCCCCUUCGUGGAGCUACAAAGCAAGCAGUUGGAGAUACCGAGGGUCCGCAAUUUGUUGAGAAUUUUGAUGAGAGGGCAGCCAUUGUGAAAUACCAGAAGCUGAUUACGGAACUGCCUCCGCUUAACAAGCAGUUGCUUCUCUACAUCCUGGAUCUGCUGGCCGUAUUUGCCGCCAAGUCUGACGAAAACCGCAUGAAUUCGCAGAACCUAGCUGCCAUUUUCCAGCCCGGCAUGCUAUCCCACCCCUCGCAUGCCAUGGCACCUGAAGAGUAUCGCCUAAAUCAAUGCGUCAUCAUUUUUCUCAUCGAAAAUCAAGACCACUUCCUCAUUGGGAUGCAGGGCACCGAGGCAGACGAGACAAUGAUGCAGCAAGUGGCCUCUGGGACGACGCCCAACCCCCCGCGUACGCCGAACCAAGAUCGAAAUUCGGGGUUGGGGAGAACGGCUUCCAACGCCAGUGCUGGUGCCGAGAGCAUCCGCAAAGAUGGCUUGAUUCGACGAAAUAGAUCCGUGUCCUCCAGGCACUCCAGGGUUGAUGGUGCCGUCACCCCCAACAGCCCGGCCUUGGCUGCAACGCCCACUGGUGGUGGUUUGGCUAGAAGCAAUACCGUACCGUCCAAGAAGUCACCGGCUCUGGUAGGGGGCAAAUUCAAAAAGAAUGAGAACCCUGGUCGCGCACCACAUUCACCAGCCUUGGAGCCGCUGACACCGGCUCGCCUACCUCAGCAGGACGUCAUUGAUACCCCCUACAGAGCUGCUACGCCGACCCCAUCACAUACGACUUUCGACUCAAUGCACCUCGCCCCCGAUCGCAUACUAUCAGCUGGUCGAAGCCAAGAGAGGCUGUUGGACGUCCCGCACGACAACUCGGCGUCCUCAAAGCAUCAUCAAAAAUUAGAGCACCUGUUCCAGCGGUCUCCAAACCACGAGAGCAGUAGCGGCGAUAAAAGACAGCCAAACAAGCUCAAGAAGAAACGGAUACCAGGCAGCAUGAGUAUUAGCGCCCAGAGCUCGUGUUCCUCACUCCCACACUCCGCCUCACCAGGCACGGAAGCAGGAAACCCUUUGGAAGCAGCACCUCCUUUUGCACAGCCCAUAACACAGCCCCAACCUCGUCCAAGUACUAUUCCUCAUUCAGUUCCACAGCCAGCGCCUUCUGCUUCGACACCGGCCAUAGACUCUCCAAAGCAGCCGGAUUUGCAUCACCAGCUCUCGACCCCUGUCAUUCACCAGAAUCAGAAUCACAUUGACUCGCAUAAUCACUCGCAUAAUCAUUCGAUUUCACAUUACCAUGAGCAUAACCUUCGACCCGAGGAUGUUUCUGCGCCACGGGGAAAGAAGUCCCCUCCUGCUUCAGUUAAUUCAUCGUUCAAUGACGGAUCGGAUUUUGAGCAGGUGGCUCAAGAGCCCCCCUUGCCGGCAAUCGUUGAGACUGCGGAUAAAGAGAAAAAGAGCAGAUGGAGACUGUCAAGGACGAAGAAAGAUGAUUUCCCAAGCGGGCCGACCAGCCCCAGGGCGUCGCCGCCAGUAUUCAACAUUGGCUCAAACCAUAACGCAGAUGUUAGCACCACAUCGAUUGGAAGUGCCAUUGCCAAGCCUCGCAAGAGCUUCACUGGCGAGAGCACUGAGCAAUUGGGAAGCGUCAGCGAUCGCGCUUACACGUAUGAUAGCUCCAAGGAUGAGAAGGAUGACCCCAAAGGACCUAUUAAAUGGAUCAAGCACAAAUAUCGAGAGGCCAAAGAAGUUGCUGAUCACAAGCGGAACAAAUCCCCGCCUCCUUCAGACGGUCAUCAACCAUUCAACCAGAGUAUGUUGGCACCACGGGGUAAGAGUCUGGAUAUAAAGCGAGAU